CAUUGAGCGUGACGUAGUGUCCGUCGGUAAUUCGAUAGUGUGUGUGCGUGUGUGUUGGUUGAUGUGCGCGUUUGAACGCGUUGAAAAAUGCGAAACGGUUUUGUGAAGUUUUCCUACUCAAGCGAGAAGUAAUUGCAUGGAAAAUUAAGAAAAAGCAGCAAUAUACAAAAAUAACAACAAAUUUAUGCAAAACAUGCGUUUAGUGCGUGAAAAUCGUGAAAAAUAACUGCAAGUGUUGCCUACUUUUAGGCGUUGUAACAGCUGUAAAAUAAAAUUUCAGGCAAAUUUCUUUCCGGCUGGCUGCUACAAAUUACUGAAAGUGCUAAAUUGAAAUCUCAACAACAUUAAAAACCAAACCAAAAUCUGUUCGAGCAGGAAAAGUGCGCAAAUGGGAUUUUUACUAUCCAAGUGGAAAAGAAAGUGAGAAAAGUGCGUGAGUGAAUGCGGUGUAAUUGAAUUUGCUGCGACGUGUUAACGGUUUUAUGAAUGUGGAAUGAAAAUAAAAUAUUGAAACGUUAAAAGCGAAAGCGAAACCAAACAAAAAACAUAGCAAGAAAUCGAAAAAAGCUUGCUGUAACUACAAUCUAACAACAUAGAACGUUAAAACAACAACAAAAAUUUCCAAAAAAAUAUUGCUAGUAAAACAGCAAGCUUCAAGCACGCACUAAUACAUAGCGACAGUUGUGUGUCAUUGGUGUUUUAUACGGAUAAAUUCAUACCAAUAGCUGUUACUCAUACGCAGAGGUAUACACCUUAACCAAGAGAGCGUGUAUAUGCAAGUGAGCAUAAAGUGGACGUAUUUUUGUUAUGGAACACUGUGGUUGCUGUUUAGACAGACAAAAUUCAUGUAGCAACACAUACAUACACGCAAACAUAUGUACAUAUACACUGGGGAAUAUCUCUGAGGUGCAAAAUCAUUCGAGCAAAAUUUAAAAACUCGCCAAAAAUUUUAUGCAGAACACUUGCAUACAUAUAUUGUGCCAUAAAAACAAAGAAAACGAACUGCCAACUCACAGCAAAUAAUUCAAGCAAAAUUUUGUAAAAAAUGGAGGGUGUGCGAAAUAACUGUAAAAGCAAGCCAACAGCGAAUUUUAAGAAUUCCAACGAAUAUUUCAUCAUCAACGCAAAACAUACCGAACAAUUAUCUAAAACAACAAGCGCAGCGUGAGCGCAGCCGCGGUUGUUUGUUUAAUUCUUGAAUGCUGGAUAAACAUGAAAAUAUUGGUAUUCCUUUGUUUGUGGCGUGCGUAAAAAUUGCGGCGCAAAAAGUGUACUUUGAACUUUGCAUAAGUUCAGCAAGCGAAAUUUCGCAGCGCAACGAAAGUGAAGUGCCAGUGAAGGAUUACAAGUGAAAUAAACCAAAUAUUUUUUCAUGGAAAGUUCGACAAAAACAGAAAAAUAAAAUAAAAAUAAUAAAAAUAGCGCAUUGUAUAAAAGCAAACGCUAAAGUAUUGUUGUGCUAGAGAAAAUUGCUGUUAGUGUUUUACAGCUAACCUAACGUGACCUCGCGGCGUUACAAUAGCAGCGCAAACACGCUGAAAUUGCAAAAAAUAAAUUACAUAAAGCAAAGUACUCACAAAAAUAAAAACUAAGUGUUGGUGCAACAAAAAUCGCGUUAAAUUCAAUAAACUCUUGCGUGUUUUCCCUGCGCAAAUGGAAAUAAUAGUCGCUGAACGCUGACGCAAAAAGGAUAUUUAAGAUUUUUAGCAGCCAGCAGUUAUACCAAAAGUGACGAAGAUUUAAUAAAAAUAAAAAAAAAUAAAUUAUACACGGAAAUCGUUUUAGCUGCAAAAAUAUACAACAAACAAGAAACAGCUUUGAGAGAAAAGGUGGCGACAAACACUUUGGCGCGCGGCAAGGAGUCACAGCACAGCAAACCGUUAUAUGCAGCAGAGUGCCAGCCAGAGGUGCGUUCAAGUGUAACAAAUAUAACGGACCAGCGUCCACCGGCAAUGCCAGCAGCUGCGUGCAGAUACAUUUGCGUCACACAGAUGUUGCAACAGCGCCACCUGAGCGAAUAAACAGGAAACGAGCAAAAGGAAAAAGAAUUGCAAAUGGUGUGGCAUAGUGCUGUGCUGCGUGUGAACGUGUGAAUGAGCGACUGAAUGGAGGAAAAAUAGCCAAUUCAGUUGCUCAAUAGCGAUCGCAAACAAUCGAAGAGAAACGUGUGCAACAACAACAACAACAGCAAGAAGAGAAGUAGUAGCAGUAUAGCAACUGUGCGUUGUUAAGUAAAGGGCGGCAUGUGGCAUGCUACACAAAAAAGGCAAGGUUAAAAUAGCGCGCCAAACGCAUUUGCAACAGUGUGGCUGACAGUAACGAAAACAAAUGAAAUAAUAAAAUUUACGCAACAACAAAGCGACACACAGGCCCAACAAAGUAGAGAACGAAUUUGAAAACAACCACAACAAUAAAAAAAUUUAAAUGUCCAGCAAGCCAAACGCGAAGUGGCAACAAGCAGAGGGUACAAAGCUGGCGGCCAACGCAGACGAACCGAAUACAAAACAGCGAAAGGGUAUCAAGUGCCAGCGGCGAGCGGCAGCUUAAAAGCAGCCACGCAUUGGCAGUGAUGUUGGAGGCGUUGCAAGGGCAGCAGCAGCAGCAGUGGCACCACAACUACUAUUACUACAACGGCGACGACGACAACGACACACAGCGCUCACUACCCGAGUUGCAAGCAAAUUCCAUCAAUUCUCGUCAACGGCACAAAGGUAUCAGCAGUCAGGCCAGCUGCCAACGGAUAGGCCGCCAACAACGACACAAUACGCCAGUUUAUGGCAACACACAUGCCCCAGCAGCCAUCGAACGGCAAAUAAAGAAACAUAACCAACAACAACAACAACAAAGGCAAAAACGACGAGGCAAACGACGACAGCAGCUUGAACGGCACACAGUUGCCAAUAGGCGAAUUCGGUGCGGCACAGCCGUUUCGCAUGACAAACGACAGCAGCAACAACAACAACGGCAAAAGUAUUGCAUUGAGGCGCCGCAUGUUGCCACAUUAGUUUGCUGAUAUCGCAAGCAAACGCUGGUGUACUAUUUCCGGUCGAGCGCCGACAAGGACACACGUCCCGUCAACAACAGCAGGCAAAUAUACCUGCGCUAAGGUUACUCAUACGCACCGGCGUACAGUAGAGCGGAGCGGACGAGCAGCCGCUCUUGGUUGUGACAUAUCCUUCCUCUUUUUCUUGCUGCAUUUUUCGCUGUGCGCUUCUUGCAACUUCCGUCAACUGCUGUGUGUCGGCAACGCAUUUAAAUCGCCGGCUUGCCGCACACCGACACCCACACGCCCACAAUAUAUCCAGCUUCACGCAGCAGCAGGGUGUGUAAGACGUGUGCGGGUUAUUGCCAUUAACAGCAGCUAUAGCGGUAAAAUAUAUGCAACAGCAACAAAAAUAAGCGCUAAGGUGUAGUGCCACAGUAGUACCACAAUAACAACAACAGCAGUUACAAUAACUUUGAGCGAUAGUCAUUCGAUUGAAGCGCACAGCAAGGCAAUCCCAGCAAAUAUGAGCAGAAAUUGUAUUGCAAUUUGCUUGUCAGUUUCCCUUGCGCUCAACAUUCUAUUAAUGUUGUUGCCACAUGCAGCCGGCGAUGAUUGGUCGGCGAGUUGUGCCUCCAACUGUACCUGUAAGUGGACCAAUGGCAAAAAGUCAGCCAUCUGCAGCUCGCUGCAACUAACCACCAUACCAACAACGCUGAGCACCGAACUACAAGUGCUCGUACUCAACGACAACCACAUACCCUAUCUGAAUCGCGAGGAAUUCACCAAUUUGGGUCUGCUGAACCUGCAACGCAUCUACCUGAAAAAGUCCGAGGUACAGUAUGUACACAAAGAGACAUUUCGCAAUUUGAAAAUAUUAGUGGAGAUCGAUCUGUCUGACAACAAAAUUGAGAUGAUCGACAAGGACACAUUUAUGGGCAAUGAUCGCCUGCGUAUACUCUAUCUAAAUGGCAAUCCGCUGAAGAAGCUGGUGGCCUAUCAGUUUCCCAUACUGCCGCAUUUGCGUACAUUGGAUCUGCAUAACUGUCUGAUUUCAUAUGUCGAUCCCAUGGCCUUGGCGAACCUAAAUCUCUUGGAGUUUCUCUAUUUGAAGAAUAAUCUGCUAGAAAGCCUCAGUGAAUACGUCUUCCAACAUAUGACGAAUCUGAAGACACUCGUCUUGGAUGAGAAUCCAUGGCAGUGUAACUGCAAACUACGCAAAUUUCGCAACUGGUAUGUGAAGAGCAAAUUGAACAGCAUCAGUCUGCUGUGUAAAGGGCCGCCGGCGCAGAAAGACAAGCAGUGGGAGAAUGUGGAUGAAGAGCAAUUCGGCUGCAUGCCCAAAGUGGAGCUCUUCAACAAUGAGGAUGUACAGAAUAUAGACAUAGGAAGCAAUACGACGUUCAGCUGCCUGGUAUAUGGGGAUCCAUUGCCCGAAGUCACCUGGGAGCUGAAUGGUAAAAUCUUGGAUAAUGACAAUGUGAUCUUCGACGCAGAGUCGAUCUCGUCGGACAAACUGUGGAGUAAUUUGACUGUCUUCAACAUGACCAGUCUAGAUGCAGGCACAUACGCGUGCAUUGGUUCGAACGUGGUGGGCGUGGCAACACAAAAUAUCAGCAUAUAUCUAACGGAAAUUGUACAGCAUGUGUUGGUCAAGACACCGGAGACCUUCUGGUACUUCGGCUUAAUCAUGGGCACAUUCGGCACGAUCUUUCUGCUCAUACUCUUCUCGUUUGUAGUGUGUCUGUGCAAACGCACUUCGCGACAACGGCGACAUCCAAAGAAAUCCGGCGUAAAACCGAGUGUCAGCUUCAACGAUCAAGAAAAGAAGUUGCUCGAUUUGAGCAUAACAACAACAACAGCGGAUCGCGGUGAUAGCUGUAUCAUGGACAACAAUACGACAACAACAAUGAGUAAAACAGAAUCGGUAAUCGGCUUCGAGCCAAUCGAAAUACAUGCAACGGAGAAUAUGCGCGCCAAUCACAAUCAUCACCAGCUGACGCAUCAGCAGGCGCACCAACAACAACUACAACAUCAUCACGCGCACAUGGCAGGCGCGGCGGGCGGUGGCAGCGGCAGUGCUACACCAAACUCCAUGAUGGCGCCGAACCGCCAGCAAUUGAUGGCGGUUGCCGACGGCUCUUGCAGCGUGGUCGGCAUACCAACCUCAAUGGCAUCGGGUGUCGGUGGCUCGACGCAUCCGAGUACCAUACCCGAAGAGUUCCCGCUGAAUGUGGGCGUCUUUCCGCCACCGCCGGAGUUUUGCUCCAACAUUGUGCCCAAUCCCGCGUAUGGAAAUAUCUUUAUCAGCGUCUCGGUGACGCAGGAUAUGCUGGACGGCGCGGAUAUCAGCAUGUAUCCCGACCUCUUGAAUAUACCGAAGCGUCAACUGAAUGCCGAUGGCGGCAGUGUGCAGACCGGCGUCAGUGUGACCAGCGGUCCGGUUGGUGGUAAUACAAAUGCAACAACUACCACUAUGUUGCCUUCGGGUACAACAACGGCCGUGAAUGUUUCGUCGUUUGCGACGCUGCCGCGCAAUCAUCAACGCCGCGGCAUACUCAAGAAGGACUCAUCGCUGCAGCAUCAACAUUCACUGCAACAACAACAGCAACAAACGAAUUUGUAUCCACACGACGAAAUCGUCUCGUAUCACAAUCUGGACACCACCUACAGUCAAGGCUAUCAGGAGCAUCAGCAGCAACAGCAACAACAACAGCAGCAACGCCAAGCAUAUGCCGCCAAUAUAGUUGGCCUGCCGCCGCCACCACCACCACCUGCCACAGCGAACUUGUCAACACAGUGCCACCACAACCAGGCGGCGGCGGCUGCGGCGGUGGCGGCUGCCAUCAACACCAAAGCCUGCGCGGCCUGCAUAGGCACGCUCUCACCACCACCGCCUUCCUGCAGCACACCGCCCACCACCAUGGAUGCCACACCGCUGCGACCGCUUUGCAAAGGCGGCGCCGGUGGUACAGCAGCGUCCGGCAAUGCGGGCUUAAAGUACGACAACAUGGGCCGACGCAUAACGGCGAGCGGAAAUUCGACGCUCUCGCUGCCAGAUGAGGCGGACGAGGAAUGCUUGGAGGAUGAGACACGUUUCAUAGAGGAGGCGUGCAGUAUAAAGCAGGGACAACAACAACAAGACUGUCAACAACAAAAAUCCACAGCGGCGAAUGCGACCACAGCGAGCGGUAAUUCGAAGUUGGUGGAUGCGGGCGGCGGUGCGGAGUAUGUGUCGCUGUAGUAUUACGGCACGCAGGUGUAAAUUAGUAGGCGUUGUAACAUACACAGUCAUACAUGGAUACAUCUUUACGGUUAGCGAGAACAAGAGAGUGCUAGUAAGUACGUUUGCAUAGUCUAGUAAUUAGUAAGCAACAAAUUCAUCUAAUAAUAUCUAACACAUAAGCAGUUGUAAGUUAUUAUCGGGUCUCAUAUGCUAGUAACUAGUUCUCAUUUUUCAACUUCAUCUUCGUAAAGUAGGGCAUACAUAAAACAUAACUGUUAUAGUAUUUAGUAUAACAAACAGCUUAAAAGAACAGUUGCAAUUCAGUUAGAGGUAGAAAAGUAAUUUGAAAUAUUUUUAAUAACAGCUUAGAACAUAUACUGCUGACAAAUGUGAGAUUUCAGUUUUUGUUCUCUAAGGUAAUCUAAUUAUGUUCGUUAUACACUCAUAACUCAAUGCUGGUUUUUUCAUCCAUAAGUAGUCCGAUGAGGUCUGGUUAGCCCAAACUUCCUUUUAUUGCUUAUCUAAGUAAGUUAGGUAAGGCGAGAAGGUUGAUCCUAACUGCGAUCUCACUUGAACAGCUUAGAACGCCAAUCCAUUGUGUUAUCUAAUAUUUCUAUGUAAUUGAUAAUAAGACCGUCAUUAGUCGACAAAGCGCUUUGAGUCUUUCAAAAAUUUAUUAAGGUAUCUAAUAUAAAUUUUGGUUUAUCUCCUGAUUCACCGAAUGAAAGGCCACCGCGAUGUCAACUUCAGUCUUUCAAAGGCUGGACACUAAAGAUAAAAUUGAUAAAAUGCCUGUAUGUUUUCACCACACCUUCUCCCUACAAGUUUGAUAAAUGGCGUGCGACAAGCUUUUUAUGAACGCCUAUUGGACAAGUUCCACUAAAAACUAUUAUGUUUUUGGCAAGUUAAUUAAACCUUGCUAAGGCAGAUAAUUCAGUAGAUAUCCUGCGAUGUGCUUUAAGCGAAAAUAAUAUCACAGUCUCACAAAAGCAACUAAUGCCUGCUAGACACACGCGAGAUCCAUGGGUCCAGUGCUAGAACGCUAGAUGGCAAACGAAUUUCUUUAAAAACUCGUUUCCAAUCCGAUAUGAGCAGAGUGUGGGUAGUCUAAGAUUCCUUGAAAGUUGAUUUUAUUAUUAAAAAGACAUUACAAUGCAGUCUGUCCGACAAAAAUAUCAUUGCUUUGAUCUAAAGAAAUUACGUAUUAUUACGAUAAUAUUUCAAUCGAAUGACUUCUUUAGUACUAACUGUUUUCAUAUAAACACUAGUUCAACAUUUUCUGAGCAAUAUCUCUCUGAUGAUUUAUGUUAGUAAUCCUGGGCACGACGUAGGGUUUUUUUUAGAAUUUUUAGAGACCUUCGUAUUCGCCUUGCUCGAGACAUGAAGUGGUUUGACAUGACUUCAGGAAACUGCUCUACAAAAGUCAGGUUUAUAAAAACUUUUAAAAGAAUUGUAUUCAGUAGUUUAGAACCUGCAACUGCAAAUAUAUCAGCGACAAUAUCAAUUUGAAAGCAGAAGCCCUUUCCAAUUUUCCUGUGUGUUUAAUUUUAAUUACAAAUAACAAAAUAAUCUUUACUUCUGCUGCACCAAAGCUGUUAUACUCUUCCCGACCAAUUGUUUGCAUGCAACAGAAAAAAAAAUUUUCCUAGUUAUUUUUAGUCACUUUGUUUGAUACUAGCAAUAUUCUAGGCAUACAAAUAUUCAAGUUAACAAAAUUCAAGUCGAAUUAAGCUUACUUAAUAAGGAAAGGUGAUCUUUAUCUUGACUUUGAUGUUCAGAGAUUUGGGCAUUGCCUGAGACAAUAAUCUAUGCCAAAUUUGAUGAAGAUAAUUUGUUCGCAUAUUCGGGUAGAUAGACCAACGUGGUCUUCAGGCUGAUCAUUUAUAUAUAUACUUUAUAGGUUCUUCGAUCAUUCCCAUUAGAUAUCAUAAACUUUGAGAGAGCUUAGUUAUCAUUGUUGUUCGACAUUAUAAAAUAUAGCUUCUACUCUAUCAGUCCUGUCGUUAGACUUGUUAACUGUGCCCUUGUGAAAAAAUGUAUAUAACAUAACCAAUUGUCAGGGCAAAAUUAAGGUCACUGAUUUCUCGUUUAUCAAUCAACCAAUUGUCUGCCACAAUUGCUUCUAACCGUAUUUCUUUUACAAUAAAAUAUUCUAAGUGCGGCUAAUACAUUUCAAUUUACCAGUAACUCGCUCGUUUCGUCACUCUCUAACUGUUAUUAUUACAGUUGUCAUAGUACUUAUUUAAUUUGCAUACAGUUGAACUUGCAUAACUCGAACUUCUCUAACUCAAAGUUUUCCAUAACCAGAACUCUUGAAUUGGCAAUAGAAGUCAAAUUUUAACAAAUUUCCUUCCAUACCUCGAAAUCUCUCUAGUUCUCUAGUUCGAAGUUUUUUUGUGGAUUAUGGCGAUUCAAGUUACUAAGUUCAAGUGUAAUAAUAUUUUAUUACUAAAUAAUUAAUUUAACACUUCCAUUAUUAAUAUAAUUUAUAAUUUUAAGAUAUAUGUACAUAUAUGUACUAGUAUAUUUGUUUAACUAUAUUAUUGUUUUUUAUUUAAAACAGCAAGGCUGGUUUAAUCGAAACUUAUUAUAGAUAAUACUUGACGUACAUGCAUUGUUAGAUGGUUCAGUCCCAAUAGCCAAAGUAAUAACUUCGAUAAAAAUUAUUUUAUUUUAUAAGACAAGGCAAUCAUUUUUUUUUAAUAGCUGGAGUAAAAUAAAACAGAGAUGAUUGAACUAGGUAUUUAUAUAUUGUAGCUUCAAUAAUUCUAAAAUAUAUUUUUGAAUAGUUGAGCUCGCUGGAAAUGUUUACGCAUUUACUCUUAAUACUGCUAUUUGAUAUGGCUAAACGAUAUUCUAACAAUGCUGUUGCUGUAAUUCCAAUGUUUUCAUUCAAAAUAAUCCCUACCACUGAAAGGUAGUUGUAAAACAAAACCCUUAUUUUCAUAUUGUGCUUUGUUUCAAAAAUGGUUCUUGUCAUUUCAUAUAUUAUGCCGUAGAUAAUGAUGACGACUUCUUUUUCGUUAACAUGAACAAAACCGUAACCAAACGUAACGUUAGCGCCUACCGGAAGCUUAUACAUUUUAUUCAAUACGUAAUCUGAUGCAUGGUUGAACAUUUAACGAUUUUAAAGAAAACUUUAUUGGUUUCUCUUAAUAAUAAUGCCAUCACCAACAGCUCCUUUCACUAAAUUGAUUGUUUUGCUGGCUGUUGCAUGCCACACAGCUGAGUCUUGUUGAAACCUCCAAUUCAGGUACGAAAAAGUCAUUCAACAUCCACAUUAACUGUAACAUUAUGGCUGGCUGCUGGCUGCCGGCUUCAUUUUUAAAGAAAUAUGAACCUUUGUUUACCUCUACCCAUAGAGAAAACCAAACAGACUACUUUUUGAGAAUGUAUCGUCGGCUCAACAAUGUCUUGUGGCUUAUCAUCACACUAAAUGUGAAAAUUUUGUUUAUUAACGUACACAUUUAACCAAAAUUUAGAUUCAUGGCUAAACCAAUUUUGCUUGUGAAAAUCGGCAUCGGUGUUCAUCUCGUUUUAGGCCCAUUCACAGAACAUCCGACUCGCUUAAUGAUUGCUAGACUUCAAUUCGUGCACGAGUUGGAUUUUAUAAGUCCACAAACCAAGCACAAGCAAUUGUUGCUCACAAUGAAAGUUGGACUCCUUCGAAUCUGCAACACAGCGCACUGUAUGGCAUCUCCGAGAAUGUGUAUUAUCCACUAAAGCAAGAAUGUUGCGAAACCGAUUCAUAGUGCUUGAAUUACAGACUCUGCUGUGCGAUUAUAUCGACCGAAUAUUAAAUGGAGCGCGUCUGUUCGUUAUAUUUAUAAUAAACAUAGCCCAUUAUAAAUCGAAAAACAGUUGAUCAAAGAAAAAAUCCGAAAACAAUAUUGUCGUAUUGAAAACCACACGUCUAAAACAAUCGUUGUUUUGUAUUUGGUGUCAAUAUUGAUAUGAAUUCGGUUGACAAAAAUUUGUAAUCAAAAAGCGGUCCACUUUUCAUAGCUUGUCGAUAUAGAGUAUUUCCAAAGCCUUUUUUAGUACGCUAGUUUAGCACCAAAAUUUUUGCUUCCAUUGUUCUUUAAGUUUUCUUCAACUUACAUUAAAUCACCAUUCACUCUUACUGAUUGUAGUAUAAGCCAAUAAGUUGUAAAAAUAUUGAGUUUAUUUUUCAUAUCCACCACAUUUCAACAAAGUUAAAAUCGAAAUCGAUAUUUUUUAUAGUUAAAUAGUCUAUGAGCUUAAACUUUGAGAAUUAGAGCUUAGCGAUAAAUUUAUAAUAAAUUUUGUAUCUUUUUCCGCUUUAAUAGGCUUUUAGACUUUAAAUAAAAUAUUGUAAAAAUUUGCCAAAUUAAGCAUUUAACUAUAAUUUAAAUGUGUUUAGCUUUAGUUGAAAUAUGUUCAAUUAGUAUAAUGCGCUGCUGCAUUGCGAAAGAUAACAUUUAAGCAAGUAAAAAAUGGCUUAUGUAAUAAAAUAUUUAUUUAGAGAAAAAAAGACACAUCAUAGCGAACAACAACAAAUCAAAAAUACUAAUUGAGUAUGUAUUACAUAAUAAACACACACAUACGCAAGAAUAUCUAUAGUUUGGAAUCGAUAAUAAGCAAAUAAGUAUGUAUGUAUGUAAAUCGGCUUAUCUUUAAUUAAUAAUUAACUUUUAUUGAGGCAGAUAUUUAUAUGAAUAUUAUAUACAUACAUAUAUGUAUAUAUAUACAUACUUAGCUAUAUGUGUAUGUGCAACUGGCAUUGUAAAUAUUGACGUAGCGAAAAACCAAAAUGUAAAUUAUUAAAUAGAUUAGAGAUUUUUUAAACUUUUAAAGCUAAAUUGCAUUAAACAAACAUAAUUCAGCUGUCACGGAUUAAAGCGAACACAGUGGCAAAAAAUCGAGGGAAAAGUUUGCAGGCAAAAAAUGAAUUUAAAUGUAAAUUUAUAGAAGAAAAAUGCAGCAAAAAUGCAAAUACAUAGAAAAAAAUAACGGUAAACAUUUUAAUACAAAUUCACACCAACAAAAACAAAAGAAAAAAAUGCAUUUGUGUAAACAAGUUGUAGGGGUCAUGACACCAAUGCAUAAAACGAGCACUUGCAUGCAAUAUUAUUGCAAAAACAAAAAAAGCAUUAAUUUCCUGGAUUUUUUUUAUUUCCAUGCCAAUAGCAAUGCAUACGUCCCUUAGCCAGCGAAUUUGUGUAAAUGAACACCGGCGAUAUUUAUUUGUUGUGAUUAGCAAACAGCAGCUGAAGCCAAAAGCAUUUUAUAAAAGCCAAAUAAACAACAACAAACCCACAUAUACAUACAGCAGCGGAAAUAUUUGUCAAAAUGUAUAUAGAAAACACAUUUUCGAAAAAAAUCAAUAGAAGCUGACAAACGAAGGCAAACAACAACACUUGUAAAAACUGUAAACUUUGAAAGAAAAUUUAAACGCCAGCAAUUAUGAGCAUGAAUGAGGUCUAGACAUUAAUUAAAAUUAUUAAGUAGCAUGUAAGCGUAAGGUAUAUAAGGUAAAUGGAAAAAAAUAAAUAUUAUAAAAAUAAAAAAUAAGAUUUAAAAAAUAAUUAAAUUUAAA